UCUUAGAAAGUCUUUUGUAAAGGAGUAAAACUAAAAACAAACAAAAUUCUCGUUACCAUUGAGAUCAUCUUACUAUCAAAGCAUCUUUUUUAAAAUAUAUUUCUUCAAAAUUAGCAAAAUAUGUAUUUAACUAUGCCGUAUUAUACGACUCCAUAUAAAAACCGAUGCAUUGGCUGUGGCGCCGAAGAACCUAUACGUUCCUUUCUAGGAUGUCAAAUCAAAGUUCCUCAAAACAAGGAUCUGGACAAGCCGCAUUCCUGUGGCUUGCAGGAUUUUACUUCCCAAAAGUUGAGCUUAAAGAAAGCCAUCGGAUGCCGUAGGCAUCGGCAAUCAAAAAAGCACAGGAAUAGUUAUCGAAGGAAGCUAAACAAUGGCUUGAAAUGGUCUCCAACAAGUGCAAAAAAACAAGCCAAUCCGAAAGUAGCACAUUUGCUUCAACAGAAACCAAUAACUUUAGUUUCUUCAGAGCCUUUCUAUAAGGCUGUCAUUUUAAGAGAGAUGAUUAGGAUAGGAAGACAACCGAAUCGAAAGUUCGCAAAGGAUGCCAGAAAUUCACUGCCUAUCAAUGAAAUGUAUUAUUAUAGUGAUACUCUGCCGGAGCAAAUGUCGUAUGAUAUUGGAACUGCAGAAGCAUACAAGCCUUGUAUAGUAGAGAUGAAAGGGGUCUCAAAGUCGCCUUCUUUUGAGAGCAACCAUUCCAAAAAAUUUAAAAUCUUGAAUUCGACAAUCUUGAACUCCACAACAUUUGAAUCAUUUGCAAUGGAUGCAGAUGAAAGAGGAACACCUGGCCAUAACUUUUUAGAAGAGCCAAUGGAAAUUUAAGUCCGACAUCAGUAUUCAACGCCACUUUUAUGUGCAGUGAGCAUUUCAGACUGCAACGGCUUGGAGGACUCGUAUAAAUAAAAUAAGCAACACAUAUAUGCAAAAAUAUUUAUAUUUUGUACAAGAGAUUUCGUAGGAUUUCUUUUGAAU